AUGGAGGUGAAUUUAAAGAAAACACAAGUUAUGAUAUUUGAGAAAACAAAUUCUAAAAAAGCGAAACCAAUUUUUAAUCUCGGAAAGAAAGAUAUAACUGUUGGAAAAGAAUACUGUUAUUUAGGCAUUAAGAUGAACAACAAUGGUAAUUUCACCCCAGCUCUUAAACAGUUGAGUGAAAAAGCCCUCCACGCAUUAUACAGUAUGAGAAGACGACUCAAUAUACACCAACUUAACCCAAAAUCUGCUAUUAAAAUUUUCGAUCGAAUUAUAAGCCCCAUCCUUCUUUACAACUCUGAAGUAUGGGGUGCAUAUGUAAAAAAUGAUUUUAACAAUUGGGACAAGUUACCUAUUGAAAAAGUCCACCUUAGAUUCUGCAAAUUAUAUCUAGGUGUGGGUAAAAAAGCUAGCAAUAUCGCCUCGAGAGGUGAACCCGAAAAAUUCCCUCUAAUUAUUAAUAUCUUCAAAAGACUUUUCAAGUACAUCACUCAUUUGAACUCUUUAUCGGAAACAGCCAUUGCCAAGCAAGCUUUCCUAAUCUCAAAAAAUUUGUUUACUAAACAGAACACUUCUUAUUAUGGAAAAGCAAUGGAUAUUUUGAAAGCAUUUAACCUCAACGCAGAAAUCACUGACUUGGAAUCAAUCACAACUGAACUUAUUCAACCUAUUACCAAACGUCUUAAUUAA